AUGCAUGGCAGUUGGUCUGCUGUAAAUGGACUAGUUGUAUUCGUCAUUGAUUUUAUGUCCUACUGUUACAGAGUACGGGAAUAUUAUACGUGUUUCGAAAAACAUUUAAAUGGGUUCAUUGAGUUUUCAAUGCUAGGGAAAGUGGACAUUAUGUGCCAAUUAGACAGUGCUUACCGCCGUAAUAUAAAGAUAUAUAAUGAAAAGGUAUCAAAAAAUCGGUAUAUUCUGGGUAAACUGAUAGACUGUAUUAAAUUUUGCGGCAAAUUCGAGCUUGCCUUAAGGGGCCACGAUGAAACAGAAGAUUCCAAAAACCCAGGAAUUUUUCGAGGAUUAGUCAGUCUUAUGGCAGAACUGGACUGCGUCUUGAAGCAGCACAUUGAGAAAUCAGAAAACCGUGUUUUCUUAGGCCUAUCGAAGACAAUUCAAAAUGAACUCCUGGAAUCAAUUUAUGAGGUGUGCCUUAAUCUCAUCAAGAGUGAACUGUCGAAGGCAAACUUUCUCGCAAUAGAAGUUGAUGAAACUACUGACUGUGCAAAUUUGUCACAAUUGGUCCUAAUAAUUCGCUAUGAGCUACUGGGACAAAUAAAUGAAAGAUUUAUUUCCUUUGUACGCCCAAAAAGUCACAGUGCAGACGAUGUAACUGCAGCUGUUCUCUGCGAGCUAGAGAAAAUGAAUGUACAAGAAACACCUGAAAAACUGAUAGCUCAGUGUUACUUAAAUUUAAUUGUUGAACGUUGUGUGACGGGCAAUAAACAAGUGCGGAUCUUCUUUAGCAACUUGGAAGGAAUUUCCACCUUUUUUUCACGGUCUUCUAGCCGUACAGCCAUUCUUGAUGAAGUAGUGAAGAAGCGUAUUCCUACCUGUCCUCAGUCCAUCAGAUGGAAUUUUAAAUCACGGAGCGUAACCACUGUGUACAAAUACCAAAAGGAAAUUGUUGAGUGCCUAGAAAGAAUUAUUGAUGAUGAUGCCAGUGAUUACAAGACAAUAAACAAGGCCACGGGACUGAAGGAUUCUGUCCAGCAAGUCAGGGCCUCACUUGAAACUGACGAUCUCUGGGAACAGGUAGAACCAACUGCAAAACGGGGACGUUUCACAGAAUCAAGAAUAGUGUGUGCACGAGACGUUUGCGACCUCAUCACAACUCAGAUCAGAGAACGAUUCAGUUUCAAUGAUCACUUAUCGAUUGCACAGCUGUUUGAUCCAUCGUUGUUUGCAAAACAUCAAACUAUUUUUCCGGAAAAAGAGUUUAAAAUAGCUGUUAAUUUGUUCAAUUUACAGUCUUCUGAUCUACGUCAUGAGCUGAACGUGUUGUACAGCCGAAAAGAUUUUAUGAAGGCGUCAGGUGCUUUGACCUUGUUGAACUGUCUUUACGAUAACAAUCUGGCUAAAGCUUUUCCUGAAAGUGUAAAACUUCUGCAAAUAAUAGUAACAUUCCCUAUGACGACCGGCGAGGCAGAACGCUGCUUCUCGACGUUAAAACUUUGUGCGCUUGCAAUGUGUUCCCUAGAAAAAGAAUUAUUGAAUCGGCCAAAUUUCAAUGAAAUGGUCACAGACCACUUUGCUGCGCAGAAGGGGAGACGAGCUGACUUCGUCUAUAAACAAAUGAAUUGA